CGGCAAAUUACAUGCAAGCUUUUGCACUCAUUGGAUAAUCAGAUAUGUUGUCCCGAAGUGCUGUUGUUGCUGUUAUUUGCGCUGCUACCUUAUACGCAAGUAUAGCGGUGGUAGAGUCGGGGCCUAAAGGAAAGGGGAAGGCACAUGUUAUCAACAAUCAAUGUAAACAAGGAACCAAAGGAAAGAGAGGUUGGAUUGAGCACCAUUCUAAAGAAAAGACAGUACCAGGGACUUAUAUAGUGAAACUGGAGAAUGGAUUAUCAAAAGCUGAAGUUCAGCAGCACAUGAGAAGAACGGAUAGUAUCCUGAAGAAGGAGGGUAGUGACCCAGAUUGUAGAGUAAAACGAAAGGGAAAGAUUGUCAGUAUUGGUGACCUGAAGGCAUAUCAAGUUACAUGUAUGGAUGAGUUUGAUUUGCACAUGAUACUAGAUGACUACAAUGUUGAAAUCAUAGAAGCUGACAGUGUCUUCUACACAGAAGGAAGGCCCAGGGGAAAGGGAAGAGGAAGACCAAAACCUACAACCACAAUAACUGAACCUGCAACCAUCCAAAUUGAACCUUCAACCAUCAAAACUGAACCUACAACCACACCAAC